UAUAUAAAUUGUAGCAAGAAGAAGAAGCUGCAGAAAAGGAGAAAGGGGAUUGUGUGCAUUGAACUUAGACGAAAGGACGUGUUCCUGUCAAGUGUCAACUGAACCAGAUUGGGUAUUGGCGAUUGCUUCCAACUUUCAACUGUAGAUUUCGCUGUGUGUCUAAAAAUUGAUCACGGCUGGGAGCAGCAUGCGCUAGCUUCCAGGGCUUUGCUUGCGGAUUGCUUUUCGAUUUUGCUGAAGAUUCUGUGCAAAAUGGAUUUGGUAGCCAGUUGCAAGGAAAAAUUGCAAUAUUUUCGUAUAAAAGAGCUCAAAGAAGUGCUCACUCAGUUGGGACUUUCAAAACAGGGAAAGAAGCUGGAUCUUGUUGAUAGGAUAUUGUCUAUUCUCUCAGAUGAACAAGUUUACAAAUCAUGGGCCAAGAAGAAUGCUGUUGGAAAAGAGCAGGUGGCAAAAUUAGUGGAUGACACAUAUAGAAAAUUGCAAGUAUCUGGGGCCAUUGAUCUAGCAUCAAAGGGACAGGGUGCCUCGGAUAGCAGUAAUGUGAAAAUUAAAGGUGAAAUUGAUGAUUCCUUUCAAUCGGAUACAAAGAUUCGCUGUCUCUGUGGAAGUUUAUUGGAUACAGAGCCAUUGGUCAAGUGUGAAGAUACAAGAUGCCAUGUGUCGCAGCACAUCAACUGUGUUAUUAUUCCAGAGAAACCUAUAGAUGGAAUCCCACCAGUUCCUGAUAAAUUCUAUUGUGAAAUAUGUCGACUUGAUCGGGCAGACCCGUUUUGGGUUUCAGUGAUGCACCUUCUGUUUCCGGUGAAGUUGACCACAACCUAUGGCCCCACUGAUGAAGGCAAUAUACAGAGUGUGGAAAAAACAUUUCAACUUUCGAGAGCAAACAAGGAAUUGGUAUCAAAAUCAGAAUAUGAAGUUCAGGCUUGGUGCAUGCUUUUGAACGACAAGGUUUCAUUCAGGAUGCAUUGGCCAAAAUAUGCAGAUCUAAAGAUCAAUGGUCUUGCAGUUCGUGCAAUUAACAGACCUGCUUCACAGUUGCUUGGGGCUAAUGGCCGCGAUGCUGGUUCAACUAUCACACCAUUUACAAAGGAUGGAAUUAAUAAGGUUUCCUUAAAUGGGUGUGAUGCUCGCAUAUUCUGUUUUGGGGUCCGUAUUGUUAAAAAGCUCAGCAUGCCAGAGAUCCUAAGCAGGAUUCCAAAGGAGUCUGAUGGUGAGCGUUUUGAGGAUGCUCUUGCACGUGUCUGUUGUUGUGUUGGGGGUGGAAAUGCAAAUGAUAAUGCUGAUAGUGAUAGUGAUUUAGAAGUUGUUUCAGAUACUUUUAGCAUCAAUCUUCGUUGCCCGAUGAGUGGUUCAAGAAUGAAGAUUGCAGGAAGAUUCAAGCCUUGUGUUCACAUGGGCUGUUUUGAUCUUGAAGUUUUUGUGGAAUUGAAUGAACGAUCAAGGAAGUGGCAGUGCCCCAUAUGCCUUAAAAAUUAUGCUUUGGAGAAUAUCAUUAUUGACCCUUACUUCAAUUGUAUCACUACUAUGAUGAAAAAUUGUGGAGAAGAGAUUGCAGAGAUUGAGGUGAAACCUGAUGGUUAUUGGCGUGUCAAGGUUAAGAAUGAAAGUGAACGCCGGGAGUUGGGGGAUCUUGCUCAAUGGCACCGUCCUGAUGGAUCUCUCUCUGUUUCUACUGAUGAAGUCAAGAGAAUGGAAAAUUUAAAGCUCAAACAGGAAUGUGUUUCAGAAAGUCCUAUAGGUUUAAAACUUGGCAUCAAGAAGAAUAGUAAUGGUAAUUGGGAAGUCAGCAAACCUGAGAACACGUACACCUCUUCUGGUAAUAGAUUGAAUGAGGAUUUUGAAAAUCCUGAACAUGUUAUUCCAAUGAGCAGCAGUUCCACUGGAAGUGGCCGGGAUGAAGAUGAUCCUAGCAUAAAUCAAGGUGGUGGUGGGCAUAUUGAUUAUUCUACAACCAAUGGGAUUGAGAUGGAUUCUGUGUUUAACAAUAAUAUUGAUUCAGCUUAUGGAUAUUCUGUUCAUAAUGCUGCUGCUCCGAUGGGUGAUGCAGAAGUUAUUAUUCUUAGUGAUUCAGAAGAAGACAAUGAUCUAUUGAUGUCUCCUAUAGUUGGGUACACAAACGAUCAAACUAGUGCUGCAGUUGAUGGUUACUCAGUGCCACAGCCUGGAAUUAUUGAUCCAUAUACAGAAGAUCACAAUCCUGGUGGAAAUCCAGGCUUGGGAGUUUUUAAUAACCCCAGGGCAGAUGAUUUUGGGAUGCCCUCCCUUUGGCCAUUGCAAUCGGGAACUCAGCCAGUCUCAGGAUUCCAAUUAUUCAGUUCUGAUGUGGAUGUAUCAGAUGCAUUGGAUGAUUUACGAGGUGAUAUUAAUUGCUCCUCAUCACUGAAUGGUUAUUCGUUGGCUCCUGAUACUGCUUUGGGAUCUAGCACUCUUGUUCCAGGUUCCUCAACAGGUCGACCUGAUGAUGAUUUAAAUGGUGGCUUGGUUGACAAUCCACUGGCAUUUCCUGGAGAGGAUCCUUCCCUUCAGAUUUUUCUCCCUACAAAACCAGCAGAAUCAUCUAUGCACCAUGAAUUGAGAGAUCAUGCAGAUGAAUCAAAUGGUGUCUUCACUGAGGAUUGGAUCUCUCUUACUCUUGGAGGUGGUGCCAGUGGCAGUAAUGGUGACACUUCCGCUGCAAAUGGGUUGAAUUCCAGACCGCAAAUUACAUCCAGAGGAGAUGCCACAGAUUCUUUGACAGAUACUGCUCCUUUGCUUCUUGGUAUGAAUGAUGUUAGAUCUGACAAUGCUAGAAGGCAAAGAUCAGAUAGCCCUCUCUCAAUUCCCCGCCAAAAACGUUCAAUGCCCUUAAUGCCACAUUUUGUGCGUAGAAAUUGAAGAAAGUUGAGCAGCCUUUUUGGUCCUCAGGAAAUGGAAGAUGAUGUGGUAUGAGACACCUUUGGUGUUAUUCCCCUGUUGGUGGUGAGGGUGUUGGUCGCAAUGAUUCCCAAUUCUUUAUGCUUGAUAUUCAACUUGUCCAUAUGACAUACUGAAAGAUCAGGGGCAUGCUAUUAUUCCCCAGUUUUUAGCGAGGAACUGAUGGUACUGGUAUAGUGCUGUAAAGAAUAUUAUAUCUGCAAUUUUGUUCUGCUGAGAGUAAUUAACCUGUAAAUGUUAAGCCAGCAGAUUUAAUAGUAGAAUCAGAAAUAGUUUAUUCUUAUUCUCACUCAGGUAGACGCCCAAUUUUGUAACAUAUGGUUGCCAAUGUUUGUAAUAUAUGUAGGCAUUAAAGUUGCCUCCUAGAUUGUAUAUUCUGGGGAGGAUAAACAUCUUUCCUGUCUGCCUGUGUAUUUAGUCCGCGCACAGCCGGAGUGAAAUAGUUGAAAUAUGACCUUAUAGUAAAAAAAAAAAAAAAUGUGGCCCUGGAUAGAUGAUGUUAGACAAACUAUGAUAUCGUGUUCUUUCGUAGAGUUCUA